AUGAUAAAUGUAGUUGUUUGUCAGAAACCAUUACAUAUUGGUAUUAUCUAUGAUAAUGAAUUAGGUAUAACAGGAGAAGCUUUAAUCAACCGAUUUAAUGAAUUACAUAAAAAAAUGGAAUACUAUGCAGAUUUUCCUAUACGAAAUUAUUCAUUGGCAAGUCCACCGAAAUUAAAAUUAACUAUAAGAGAAUUUACUUUUGGUUUAGUGUGUAAUUUUGUUGAAAAUGAUGUACAUGUGAUUAUAAGUUUAACAACAUGUACCCUUGCACAGUUAAUAGAAGCACAAAUUACACCAUACAGAAUACCACAUAUUGCUAUACCUAGACCAGCAUGUUCCAGAGAAAUAAUUAAUUUAUUAAAUGUUAAAAUGACAACAACGACAAUAUGGAUUCAACCAACACCUGAACAGACUGGUAGAGCGAUAUAUGAAAUGAGUGAAAUUGAACGUGCUUCACAAGCACUAUUACUAGUCGACAAACCGAACUUGGAGACAAAUAUAGCUCUUGAUUAUGUUUUACAAGCAGAAAUUAAUGAUGAAAAAUUUGUUCCAUACAUUUCAACUCAAAUGUUUUCACUUACUAAUCAAUCAAAUCCUAUGUAUCCCACAUCAAACACCUAUGAUACAAUUGAUGUUUUACUGAAACGUUUUCAAAAUAUGAGAUCAAGUUCAUCAUCAUUUCUAUUAAGUCAUAUAUUUCAUAUUCAAAUAUAUCAAGAUAGAUAUACUUUUCGUAAUUUCUACUGGAUAUUACCAACCACAUUGACAAUUACACCAAAUGAAUUUAUUCGUGUAGCUACGACCAAUCAAUUUGAACAAGUGGCAACAGGAUUUUUUCGACAAUUUCCAAUUUUAAAUGAGGAAGACUGUUUGAAUCUGAAUAUUGGUGAGAAUAUGAGAUUAUUAAUGAGUGAAAUAUUUCAAUGUAAUACAAAUAAUAUAACUGAGCGUGAAUUGGAAGCUGUUUACAUGAUAUUAUUAUCGAGUCAAGCUACAAUUUUAAUGAAAAGUCUUUCAAUAGACUUUUGGGAUAUUCCAUCUAUUUCGGAUUGUGAUUCUCCUUCGUUUCAGCCCAGACCAUAUGGUCAAUUGUUUUAUCGCCUUCUUAUUAGUAAGGUGAACAGCUCAAUAUUGGCCCAUUUAGUACAAACCGGUCAUAGUGUCAGUAUAAACCAAUCUUUUUCAAUUAUUUAUAAGCUAGCAGAAUUACCAAAAUGGAAAAAUUUAUUAUUCUAUUCAUUGGAAACAGAUGUAGAAGGAAAGAGUAAAUUAUUAUUAACUGGAAAUUUCUCAGAAAAUGGUGAUAUUCAAUUAAGUGAAUAUGCAAAAUUUGUAGCAAAACAAGGUUUAUUAAGCGGUUUAUUUCCAAAUACAUUUCGUACAUUUCAAAAUAAAACUAUCAAUGUUUCAACAUCAUUUGAUCCACCAUACAUUGUACGUGGUCAAAUAACUAAAGACAAUGAAGUACUCAAUGCAGAGGGUUUAAUUAUAGAUAUAUUAAAUGAAUUUUCACUUCGACUUCAAUUUCGUUACCGACUUUUCCUCCCACCUGACGGCGAAUAUGGAGUGAAAAUUACAAAUACAACAUGGAACGGUAUGAUUGGUGAAUUACUGGCUGGAAGAACUGAUAUUAUAGCUGCACCAUUAACAAUAAAUAAAGAAAGAUCACAAGAUCUUUUCUUUGUUGGACCAUUUAUGGAAGAUACUUUAGGGAUUUUAAUAAAUACUCCUGAACAAAAUCAAGAAUUAUUUCAAAUGUUUCUACCGUUUCGUUAUGAUAUUUGGUUAUGUUUAAUUGGUUCAGUAUUUAUAGCAGCUUUCCUAAUAACAAUAUUUAGUAUAAUCAGUCCAUUUAGUGCAUGGAAUUUAGCCUUGCCAGGUGCUUCUUCUGAUGAGGUUUCAAUAUACCACAGUGUUUGGUUUACAGUUGGUGGUAUGCUUAUGCAAGGACAAGAACUGCGUGCCAUUGCUUGCUCUGCAAGGACAGUAACACUUCUGUAUUGGCUUUUAGUUUUGGUGAUCCAAGCCACUUGGCAGGCUGAUUUGACAGCUUUUUUAACUAGGAAUACAAUACAAAUACCUGUAUCGUCGUUAGAAGAUCUUGCAACUUCAGGAUUAUCAUUGGGAGCUGUUAAAAACAGUGGUACAGUAAAAAUGAUACAGAGUGCAACUUCCAAUGAAUAUUACUCAAUAGUAUAUGAAAAAAUUAUGAAAAAUCCAGUUACCCUUAGAAACAUUAAUGAUAGUAUAGCGUACGUCCGCAACAGUACUAAAAAUGUUGUACUAGAUGACAGAAUACAAUUAAUGCAUAAUUUACCUGACAAUGAGGAAACUUUGACAGUUGUUGAUGAUAAGAAAGUUAUAGUACCAUUUGGAUUCGCUGUAAGGUUAGGUGAAGAAUACGCUCCACUUAUGCUUAAUUUUAUGUCAAUUCUUCGAGAAAGAGGAGUUAUUGAUCAUUUACUUGAGAAAUGGAAUGUUGAAAAAAUAAAAAGUACCUCAAAUACAGCCACUUUCAAUUUAAUUACAUUGUACAAUAUAUCUGGUGCUUUUAUUGUACUUUCUGUAUUCGUUGUAACAAGCCUAAUUGUUUUAGUUAUUGAAAUAAAAUGGCAUAAAUAUUCAUUAAAGAAAGAAAAACUUCAUCCUAAAUCAAAAAAUUCUACUGAUGGUCAUCCAUCUUUAUUGAGACGCUUCACUCAUCCAAAAGAUGAAAUACCUAAACCGAGAUUAGACUUAUCUCGUAAUCCUACAUUAAAACAAUUAAGAUAUGCUGGACAUAGAAGAGCUUCGGCAGCAUUCGACGCUACAGUCAUCACAGCUGAAAAUCAAACUGAAUCCAAUUUAGAAUAAAUGAUGAUUUAAUUAUGUGAUUCAAAUUUCAUAUUACAAUUCAUGAUUAUAAUAUAAAAAUAAGUCAUCUACAGUAGAUCUUUUUGUAGUACACACAAAUUUAUAUAUUGUAGUGAUAAAUAUACACCAAUUUUGAAAUUAUUAUGUUUAACAUUAACAUAGAAAAGUUGCAUAAAUAAAUAUGACUAGUAAUUAUAGUUUUGUUAUUCUGUAUACUCAUUACUCAAAAAUAAAAGUAAACGUCAUAAUGAAAUUUUCUAUUAGAAUAAACUGUAAAGCAGGUUUAGUAAGAGUAUUUUAUUACUUCGAUUCAAUGUAUUGAUUUUAUGAAACCGUCAUGAUGUGAUUGAUCCCUCAUUCUAUUCAAAUGAAUCAAAUGGUUUAAACAUGUAACGAAAUGGUAGCGAAAUAGUUAUUACAUAAGUCUUUGAGAAUGCACCAAAACUAAUUCUUAUCUUACUUAUUUUAUUAUAUCUGAAUGAAUAUUUAUCUUAUUUAGAUCUGUUGACAUUUUGUGUGACUUUUUCUGACUAAUAUGAAAUACUUCAAAACAAUGCC